AUGUCUGCCUUCUGCCAACUCAUCCACACUCUCACCUCUCACUCGCAGCUGGAGUCCCUCCUGUACCAGUUGCACGCCCUCUCCUUCCUCCUUUCCCCCUCUAUAUGGAUCUACCUUUGCAGAGUCAUAUCCCAAUUUCACUUCGCCAGGCCCCGCAACAUUGACUCCGGUCGUUCCCUGCGCUUCUGGUUCGGCCUCGUCGUGCUCUUCAAUGUCGGUGCGCUGUGGUCACACACGCAGGAAGGCGCGGCGCAGGGAAGGUCCAUUAUCCUCGACUUCAUCGGAAUGGCACAUGCGCCAUCGAGGUUGCAACUUGUAUCGCUCGACUUCACCAUCAUAUUCCUCAACAUGCUGCUCACUACGAUUGCAUUUGAGACGUCUCUCUCAGCUGCCGUGCCACCAGACACCCCCGACCCCCUUCUUCCGCUCCCCGCUACACCAAUAUCCCCACUGCUGGCCACAUCCACAGAUUCGAUGGUCAAGGGCCCCGAGCCCAUACAUCUCGGGUCACAAUACAUCAUUGACCUUCGACCAUCCAUCUUAUGGAAUCGUCUAAGGCAUCCUCCUACACCCCCUCCCACACGCGAGUCUGCACUGAAUGAAUUGUUACCCCUUCCAAAUACAACGGCGCCUUGGAGAAUCUCGAGAAGCUUGCAAGUCAUACUACGGGCCAGGCAGCAGCUCGUCACACGCGCUCGAGCUACGGAAACGGGCACAGAACCGGUACAGACGGCGGAGGAUGGCACGGGGGACAGGCAGGAUAUACCGGGUGCAUUGGAGUCUGAGUCGGACGCGUAA